AGUCUGAGACCUCCAGGUGGGCUAUUUGGAGUUCAAGAGUCUGUACUUGCAAAGCUGAACCACAUUAAGAUUUGAAAAAUAAAAACCGGGAGAGCUGGCCGGAACUGCAGGGUUCCAGACUGUCAAUGACAAAGCUCUGAAGCCAAGACCCCAGGUGGUGAGGCCUCUGACAAUCGGCCACUCAGUGAAGACGUCCUGUUUAGCUGCGAAUUUACUUGGACCUCAUUGGCUCAUGUCUCUGUCAGUCACACGGGGCCUGGACAUGGCGGUCGCCGGCCGCUGGCAGCCUCCCCGGCCCUGCGAGGUCUACCGCGCCGAGUGGGAGCUCUGCCGCAGCGCCGGGCACCUCCUACACCACUACUACGUCCACGGCGAGCGGCCGGACUGCAGGCAGUGGCUGCGCGACCUGGCCAGCUGCCGCGAGUGGGAGGAGAGCCGCAGCCCGCAGGCCCAGCGAUCGCUCUGUGAGAGUGAGCAGGCACGGGUCCAGGCUGCACAGAAGCAGACUCUGGUGUGGGCUUUGAGGCAGAGACCCCCUGCAGACUGGAAUCUCCCUCUGCCACAGGAGAAGGACAAGUGAUGAGUGACAAGCAAUUGCAAGCGGGCUCUUGACCUGGACUUUGACCUGGAAUACAUGGACGGCAUUCCAGCUCUAACUGACUGUUGCCCACCUGCAUCCGGGCAUCACGCCACUGUGAUACUCUGAAAGACACCUGUGUCCACAAUCCCAGGAAGCCAAGCACUGUGGCGGGUACCUGUGAACAGCCAGGUUGGUCCAUCGUGUCCAUGCCACCUCCCCUGAGAACACCCACACUGGAGGUGGCAGUCCUGAGGUGUGAGAGCCUCAGGUACACAGUGGCAGCCCUGACCUGUGUGGAUACGUGGCACAGGAGUCAGAAAGGUUGCUACAUGGUUCUGCUGCAAAUGGCUCUUUUUGAUCAAGAGAAAUGGACCUCCAUGUCUUGGGUUUGGUGAUUACUGAGUUAUUAAAGCAUGGCGCUUGGAUACUUGCUCAGCUACGCUGGAGAUACAGUAGAGCAUGCUCAGUGGGCAGGGCAACUUGCCCCUCUGCAUCAGCAACUUUUACUGAUUUUACAGACUUUUAAAAAGAAAUACACACAGCCUUGCAGGAACCACAGAACCUGGGGUCAAGAAAUCCAAGUCCCAAGCAGAAAGUCAGACUUCAAGUCCAAAGAAUAUGGGACUGAGGCCUCCUGAUUCCUCCUCGUCAUGAAUGUAUUAAAAGCUGUUUCGCAUGUUCCAUUCCAAAAGCAACCUGAAAAUUAAAGCCACGUUUGUUACAAUUUCUACCUGUCCUAGUUAGGGUAUCAAUUGCUUCGAUGAAACACCGUGACCAAAAGCAAGUUGGGGAGGAAAUGGUUUAUUUAGCUUAUACUUCCAGAUUGUAGUCCAUCAUUGGAGGGAGUCAGGACAGGAACUCAAACAGGGCAGGAAUCUGGAGUCAGGCACUGAUGAUGCAGAGGCCAUGGAGGGUGCUGCUUACUGUCCUGCUCUCCAUGGCUUGUGCAGCCUGCUUUCUUAUUAAACCCAAGACAACUAGCCUAGGGAUGACACCACUAACAAUGAGCUGGGCCCUCAUCCAUUAAUCACUAAUUAAGAAAAUGCCCACUGGGUGGUAGUGGCGCACGCCUUUAAUCCCAGCACUCAGGAGGCAGAGGCAGAGGCAGAGGCAGAUGGAUCUCUGUGAAUUUGAGGUCAGCCUAGUCUACAGAGUGAGUUUCAGGACAGCCAGGGUUACACAGAGAAACCCUGUCUCAAAAAACAAAACAAAUGCCCUACAGCUGGAACUUAUGGAGGCAUUUUCUCAAUUGAGGUUUCCUUCUUUCAUAAAUCCAACUCAAUGGUUCUCAACCUUCCUAAUGCUGCGACCCUUUUAUACAGUUCUUCAUGUUGUGGUGACCCCCAACCAUAAAAUUAUCUCAUUGCUACUUCGUAACUGUAAUUUUGCUACUGUUAUGAAUCAUAAUGUAAAUAUCUGAUAUGCAACCUCUGUGACAGGGUUGUUUGACCCCCAAAGGAGUCUCAACCCACAGGUCUAGAACCACUGCUAGCUUAUGUCAAGUUGAUGUAAAACUAGCCAGCACAAUGCCCAACAGUGCUAUACUCAGAUUAGUAUUUCAUUCUUUUGUAGUAGUUUAAAUAUUUACUUAAAUACACACAUGUGCCUGUAUGUAUACAGGUGCACACAAUUAUGGACAUAUACCAAUACACGGACACCUACAUGUGCCACACAUGUGUACAUGAACGAGGAUGCACAUAUGCACACACGCACACACAUAAUGUAUACACACACACAGGUGCUCGAGUGCGAACAUACAUAAGCAUGUAUACACAUGCAUACUCACAUAGGCACACACACAUGCAUGUACAUGCACACAGACACAUGCACUCACUUAUACAUGUGCACAGGCACACACACAGAAGAACACUAGCUCUUAGAGAGGUCUCUUUAUUACUAAGAUGUCCAACUGUCUUGUGGCUGCACUGCAGGCCUUGUGUGAGAUGCUAAGGCAGUCUGGUCCAGCUGCAUGCCCAGCACUCUUUCUGUAGCUUUCCUGGACAUAAGCAGUCGGGUGACCAUCCCUGAGGCAGAAUUAUGGAUCUCUUCAGAAAGGAUUCAUUGUAAAAUAAAAUCUCCCUCCUGAGCGUUCUACACCAUUGUAAAUGAUGGCACUUGGGUGCUCACAGGAACUGCAGAGCAAGAACGAGUCUAAUGAGAAGGCAGGGCUUGCCAUUUCCAGGGGGCGGUCACUUGGAGGGGAGGAGAGUCUUCAGAGUGAACAUUUCCAGGCAGUGAGGGCAGAGAAGGUGCUAGAGAGUGGCAGUCUGCUAUCUGCAAGGGCAGCUGUUACCUUGUUGAGCCAGCUCCUGUACCAGUUCAUGAUGGAGUCCUUGUGUGGCCACACUUCCUGUCACCUGCUUCUCUGUUCCAAGCUGUCAAUCCCACACCAACAUAGAACUUGGAUAGAAUUUUCCUGCAUUUACCCUGUGUUCAUUCAUUUUGUUGUUGUUCAUUUCCAUUUGAGAAACAAAAGCAGGACAUUGUGUAAGGGGGGCCUGGGAGUCAGCACAGAACACACCCAGACUCCAAAUUCUCAGCCCAAAGAAGACUUAUUACCCUGGUUGGACAAGUGUGGGGGGGAAGGGGGGCUGCCUCUGGACAAAGACAGACAACAGGUGUUUCUGCAGGAGUGGUUUUUAAGGAGAAAAAGGGGGAAGUCUGUGCUGGGGUGGGUUGGAAAGUCCUGAUUAGACAGGUUAGCUAGUGUAGCCAAAUAAUGGAUUUUGAUUGGUAGACCUUGGUGUUUUAGUCAGGGUUACGGAAGUGGCCAAAUAAGGGAAUAGAGCUUGUGGCUAGCUUUAGGAAUGUAAUCUAAGAGUUUAGCAAGGGGCAGGGAAGGGGAAAGGACAAGACCUGCUGGCACCAUGUUUGUGAUGUUUGGGCCUGUUUGAGAGCCCUUCACAUUAUACAUGCUCAAUGCAUACUCUACCACUGAGCUGCGCCAAACAAGAUCACAGCUUUGAGACUGGCAGGUUGACUUCCAAAGGCCUAUAGUGGUUUAAGGGAAAGACAUACAUCAGUAGAGUUUCUGGUUGGGAGUGAGGCUCAGAGGUGCACAACUUGCCUUGCUAGCACAAGGACCCAAGUUUGCUCUCCAAGCACUGCAACAAAUAAAAAGUGAGAGUUAAAACCA